AUGCACAUGGGGGUGGGCAAGCGCGUGUUUGAGGGCGCGCCGCGGCAGAUGCGCGUGGAGCUCUGGAAGAGCAGCCUGCAGCGGCGGGGCGUGGGCGUGGCGGCGGCCAAGAGCUUUGAGCACCUGCUGGAGGUGGAGGUGGGCGACGAGGCCGGCGCCGACAUCGACAAAGACCUGGCGCGCACCUUCCCCACCACGCGGCGUUUCGCCGGCUCUGAGGGCCAGGCGGCGCUGCGGCGCGUGCUGCGCGCGUAUGCCGCCCUCGACCCGGAGGUGGGCUACUGCCAGGGCAUGAACUUUGUGGGCGCGCUGCUGCUGUCGUAUCUGCCCGAGGCCGAGGCCUUUGGCGCGCUGGUCGUGCUGAUGCAGGACAGAGGGCUGCGGCGGUACUACUCCACUGACAUGGCGCUGCUGCAGGCGCACUUCUGGCAGCUGGGGCGCCUCAUGCCGCCGCAGCUGUGCGCGCGCCUGGAGGGGGUGGGGGUCACGCCGUCGCUGUACGCGGCGUCGUGGCUGAUGACCUGUUACUCCGCAGACUUCCCGCUGUCGUUCUCGGCGCGGUGA